AAUAAAUAAAUAAAAAGGAGAAAGUAAAAAAUUGGCUCUCUCUGCAUGCAUAUAAAUACACCCCCUAGUUCAUGUAUUGCUAGACAACCAGACUAAAAGCUUCCAAAUAGUGCUUGAAAUCCCAAAGAAAGUAGGCACUUUCUUGAAAGGAUUUUGAUAUACAAUUAGCAAAGAAAAUGAUAGGUUGGGGAGAUAUUUACAAUGUUGUGGUGGCCAUGGCACCACUAUAUGUUGCACUCAUGUUAGGGUACGGUUCUAUGAAAUGGUGGAAAAUAUUCACACCCGAACAAGGAGAUGCAAUAAAUCGCCUUGUUUGUUACUUCACCCUCCCACUCUUCACAUUCCAGUUCACAGCCUCUGUCGAUCCUUUCCAAUGGAAUUAUCUAUUCAUUGGUGCGGAUGUCAUUUCCAAGGUCAUAAUCGUAGUGGUGAUUGCCAUCUGGGCUAAGUUCAGUAGCAAAGGAAGCUAUGGCUGGUCGAUAACAAGCUUCUCUUUGUGCACUCUAACAAGUUCUUUGGUUGUAGGUGUGCCUUUAGGCAAAGCCAUGUAUGGCCAAAUGGGAGUUGAUCUAAUCGUUCAAUCCUCUGUCUUUCAGGCUAUCAUAUGGCUCACUUUGCUUUUGUUCGUUUUGGAAUUUCGACGAACAGGUUUAGAUAUUUAUUCGAACACUAGUAGUAAAGACCCUAGAGUUCAGCCAGUUGAUCAACUACCUGCACAAAAUGAUGAUUUAGAGCAAAACAUGGAGGUGAUGGCGGAGAUGAACGACAGUAGUACCAGUAGCCCAUCUAUUUGGUCUUUUUUUAAGGUCGUGGGGCAAAAACUUGCUGCAAAUCCAAACUCAUAUGCAGUUUAUAUAGGCAUUGCAUGGGCUAUUAUCUCAAACAGGUAAACUAAUAGAUUUAUAUUUGAUUAUUGUAAAAAAAGAAUUGAGAUAUUGCUGUUUCUAAUUCAUGGAAUUAAUGCAAAUAGGUGGCAUUUUGAAAUGCCAAGCAUUGUGGAAGGAUCAAUUUUGAUAAUGUCAAAUGCUGGGACAGGAACUGCCAUGUUUAGCAUGGGAAUAUUCAUGGCGCUUCAAGAGAAGAUAAUUGCUUGUGGAACAAGUUUGACAGUGUUUGGGAUGAUUUUGAGGUUUAUAGCAGGACCAGCAGCUAUGGCUAUUGGCUCUGUUGUUGUGGGCUUGCGCGGUGAUGUUUUACGUAUUGCUAUCAUUCAGGCAGCAUUACCACAAUCCAUUACAUCCUUCAUCUUUGCUAAAGAAUAUGGAUUGCAUGCAGAUGUCCUUAGCACUGCGGUGAUAUUUGGCAUGUUGGCGUCUCUUCCGGUAUUGAUCGCUUAUUAUGCUGUCUCGGAGUCCAUACAUUGACCCCAUAUAUUAGACUUUCAGAGAGGGAGAGAUUGUGGGUCCUGUUUUUUGUUCUCAAUUAAACUAUCUAUGUAUACAAACUAUAUAAAAUUAGUCUAAGCUUAUAUGUAAUCUUUAAUAUGGCCAUUAUCCUAAUUGAAUCUCAGAGAGGUUUGGACUUCAUAUCUCCCAUUCUAUAAGUAUUCUCACCAUCAUCAUUGCAGCCUUUUCAUACAUAAUUUCUAAGUUCUUUUCCAAGCUCUUUAAUAACGAAGAUGAAUAUCUACAUAACUAAAAUUUAUAAGGUUAAUUAUAUUCCGUUAUCAAGAUCUAAUAAUAAUACUUUAUUAUCCCAUAUUUAAUUUUUUUUUUAUUUUUUAUCCCAUAAUAAUUUAACCAGAUAGAAAAUCUUGCUGAUUUGGAAAGUUGGUAACCUUUUGGUUAGGGUCAUGCGUUUUUAUUAUUUAUUUAUAUUUGUUAAUAUUGAGGUGAGGGAAUUUAAACUUGUAUCAAAUAAAUAAUAUGGCUUUACCACUAAGCUGCUGGGACAUGUAUUUCAAUACUUGUUAUAUUUGGCUUGCACAUCUACAUAAACUAAUUAGUUAUUAAAUUUUUUUGUUUUAAGUCAUAUUGACUUUUGGACACUAAAAUACUAGUGGCAAUCGCAUGCUUAUUAUGUAUCUGUUCUUGGUCAUUAUAUAAAGUCUCCAAUUAAUUUGAAGAAAGAGUGAUUUUUUUUUUUUUUUUGGGGACAAAUAGCAAGAGCUACUUUUAAUGAAACAUAAUUUCGUAUAACAAUAACGAAGUAAAAUAGCUAAUAUUAGGAAUAAACUUUUGGUUAACCAUCGUUGCCAUAGUCCCGAAUGAUCGGUAAUAAACAUGACUUAGUUAGUUCUCUCUCUCUCGCAAGACAUAAACCGCAAUAAUAUAAGCCUAGUUUUAAAGAAUAUAUUAUAUUUAUCUUCAAGUUUGGUUGCUUCUAGGGAAAAUUUUAAUCCAAUAUAAAAUUUUAUUUAUUUUGAUAAGUUUGUGAUUAUAAAAGGAUGGCUCUCAAUGAUUAUUGGGGUAGUUUAUUUUGGAAUGAUUCAUGCAUCUUUUGGUUUAAGUUUUGAGGUUAUUUUGUUGGUUACAGCUUUUAAUCAUUUGCUAUAACAUAAAGGAUAACUCAUUGGCUUUAAUUUAAAUUUUGGCUACUUUUGGUUAAAGUCAUAUAUAUGGAUUCUGAAUUUUGUAUGUUUUUUAUUAAUAUCACAUGCCUUAUCGUGUAUCCCACCAAGACAGGGGAUUUACAUUAAUUUUUAUUCUCAAAUAUUCUUAAAAUAGUUUCAAAAGACCAUUUCCUUCUCAUGUAAAAUCUAAAACACAAUAAGUUAAAAAUUUGUUAAAAAACAAUAGAAGGUUGCUUGGAAUUCUAGCUCAUUGACUGCUCCUUGGACUGUCUGAUUAAAAGUUGGUUUGGAAUUAACGUCACCAAGUUUUGUUUAAGCAAAUGGACAUGCUUGUUUUUCUUAAUCUGUCCCAAUUUUCCCAAAACAUAGCACUAAUUAUAAAUGUUCUAGUCCUACAAUAUAAAAAUAUUUUGCCAU